AUGAGUCUUAUUGCUUGGAACUGUCGUGGGCUUGGCAACCUAGCGACAGUUCAAGUUCUUGUGGACAUAGUCCACUCCAAGCGGUCGUUACUUUUAUUUUUAAUGGAAACAAAACUUGUUACUCAUAAGCUGGAAGAUAUUAAAUCUAAAUUGGGUUUUCAUGGAAUGUUCUCGGUGGAUGCAGUGGGCCAAAAAGGGGGCCCGGUCCUAUUUUGGAAGGGAGAUAUUGAUCUUAAUAUCUCUUCUUUUUCUUCUAACCACAUUGACUCCUCUCAGCAAGUUUGGCGUUUCUCAGGUUUCUACGGCUAUCCGAAUAGACAAAAUCGCCAUUUGUCAUGGAAUCUUCUCAGAACACUGGCUAACCAAGGUAAUCAACCGUGGAUUGUUAUGAGGGACUUCAAUGAUAUCCUCAAUCCAUGUGAGAAAGUAGGAGGAAGACCCCAACCUCAGUGGCUGAUUAGGGGAUUCGAAGAAGCAGUGGAACAAAGCGGUCUGAGGAAUUUUGGUUUUAGUGGUUAUCAGUUCACCUGGGAGAAGGGAAGAGGGACUACUCACUGGAUCCGUGAGAAGCUAGACCGUAUUUUGGUUAACAAUUCCUGGGUUGAUCAGUUUGGGGAAGCGAAGGCAACUUCUUUCGAAGCUUUGCAAAGUGACCACCUACCAAUCGCUAUCUGGCCUAUCCCCUCGGUCUAUAAGCGUAGAAGGAGGCAUUUCCGAUUCGAAAACUACUGGGUGAAAGAGUCAAAAUGCAGGGAGAUCAUCAACUACAGCUGGGAUCGUUCUAUGGAGGGAGAUUGCAAUACCAAGUUCUUCCAUAACUCUGUUAACAAGCGUUGGGGUAUCAAUUCAAUUAAGAGGUUUCGCGAUGAUGCGAGGAAUUGGGUGCAAGAGGAGGAGGCCGUUCAGAAGCUGAUUAAGGACUAUUUCAUUAAUAUCUUCACUGCUUCUAGUGGAAAUCAAUUUCCAGUUCUCCAGGAAAUCCGGAAGGGGGUCUCAGAUUCUCAGAAUGAGGUUUUGAUGAGAGGCUUCACUAGAGAGGAAGUAAGAACUGCUACAUUCGGGAUGCAUCCAGACAAGAGCCCAGGUAUUGAUGGAUUAAACCCUGGCUUUUUUCAAAGUUACUGGGAUAUAGUUGGGGAUAGCUUGACCUCUCUUUGCAAUGAGUUCCUUAGGACGGGUCAAUUCCCUAAGAGACUAAAUCAUACCCAUAUUGUGCUUAUCCCCAAGAAAGCCACCCCUGAAAAAAUGGCUGACCUCAGACCGAUUGCCCUUUGCACGGUCGCGUACAAAAUAGUCACUAAGGCCAUGGCUAAUAGGCUAAAACCCAUCCUGGGGGGUCUGAUUUCUGAUAAUCAAAGUGCGUUUGUUCCCGGGAGGUUGAUUAUGGAUAAUAUCAUGGUGGCAUAUGAGAUGCAGCACUUCUUAAAAAGGAAAACCCAAGGCCGGGAAGGAUUUGGUGCCCUCAAACUCGAUAUGAGCAAGGCUUAUGACAGAGUUGAGUGGCCUUUGCUUAAAUCUAUAUUGUUGAAAAUGGGUUUUAACAGGCGGUGGGUGGAUAUGAUCAUGUAUUGUGUCUCUUCUGCUAUGUAUUAUAUUCUGAAAGACAAUAACGAGAUUGGUCUCAUUAUCCCUAGUAGAGGUUUCAGACAAGGUGACCCUCUUUCACCGUAUUUAUUUCUUAUUGUUGCGGAGGGGUUUGCAUUGAUUAAGAGCUAUGAGAAUGUCGGCAAAAUCCAUGGUAUCUCGGUGGCUAGAUCAGCUCCAGCAGUGUCUCACCUUUUUUUCGCCGAUGAUAGCUACAUAUUUUUCAAAGCAAAUCCUACAGAAUCCUCCAAUUUGAAGCAACUUCUGGCCAGUUACUCCUCAGCUUCAGGUCAAUCUAUCAACUUUGACAAAUCAUCUCUCUGUUUUAGUAGGAAUGUUGAUGAGGCUAUAAGGAAUAGAGUGGGAGACAUUCUGGGUGUUAGGUGUGAGGGUGGCAGUGGAAAUUACCUUGGUUUACCUAUGAUGGUAGGAAGGAACAAAAAUCAAAUUUUUGGUUUCAUUAAAUCUAGGAUGAUCAGCCGUAUACGGGGUUGGAACCAAAAAUUCAUCUUGAGAUCUGGAAGGGAAAUUCUUCUAAAAAGUAUUGUUCAAGCUAUCCCUUCUUAUGCAAUGGGAGUGUUCCUCCUUCCUAAAGACCUUAUUAAAGAGGUGGAAGUUCUAAUGAAUGACUAUUGGUGGAAAGGGGGCGGUACUGAGAGUAAGGGGAUUCAUUGGAAGAACUGGAAAAAGCUCUCUUGGAGGUUAAUCAAGUAUCCUGACUCCUUGGUGGCAAAGAUUUACAGAGCUAGAUACUAUCCUACUUCUACCUUUUUUGAAGCCAAAAAAUGUUCUAACCCGUCAUUCAUAUGGAGCAGCUUGUUAGAAACUCAGGAGGUCUUGAGGAAACACACUAGGUGGAGGGUAGGCAGAGGUGAUCAAAUCAAAAUCUGGGGGGACAAUUGGCUUCCAGAUAAAGACAAUUCAAAAAUUGUCUCCUUCCCGUACCCUUUUCUAGAGAAUGCUACAGUGGAUGUUCUAAAAGAUGCCGAUGGUAGCCGUUGGGAUAUGGAAACUAUAAGAGAUAUUUUUGUUGAUAGAGAUGCCGACUUGAUACAGAAAAUUCCGCUAAGCAGACAAUAUGUGGAAAACAAACUAAUCUGGGCACCCGAAGAGGAUGGAGGUUUUACUGUGAAAAGCUGUUAUAAGGUGGUGAAUGGUGAUUUGAGGGAGGAAGACAGGCUGAUGUGGACUCUCAUUUGGAAACUCAAAAUCCCUCCUAAGAUUAAAGUCUUCAUGUGGCAGUUGUGCACCAAUUGUCUGCCAACUAGGGACCUUCUUAGAUCUAAAAGAGUUAACUGUGGAGUGUGUUCUCCCUUGUGUGACCAGGAUAUCGAAACUGCAUGGCAUCUGUUUGUGGACUGUAUUCACGCCAAACAGUGUUGGAGUAUUCUUGGCUGUCAACCGACCAAUGUCCAAGCUUCAUCUUUCCAGGAUUGGUUUACCCUUCUUGCUUCAUCCUUGUCUAGGAACCAACUAUGUAUUGUGAUCAUGUCCUGCUGGGAAAUAUGGAGACAGAGAAACGACAAGGUCUGA